AUGGCACCGUCGGAUCAGGUCUUGUUGGAAACGGUCCAAGAGGCAUACAGCGCAAAAGCUAGAGAAGGAGUUGAUAGCAAAUACGCCAACACCGUUGCAGCUGCAUUCGGCUAUAGUGCCGACGAACUGCGCUCUAUCCCAGCUGAAGCCAAUCUAGGCUUGAGUUGCGGCAACCCCGUGGCGGCAGCGACUAUUAAAGAGGGAGAAUCUGUGAUAGACUUGGGCUCCGGAGGUGGAAUUGAUGUCUUCCUGGCGGCGUCAAAAGUAGGACCCAAGGGUCAGGUCAUCGGCCUUGACAUGUCGGCGGACAUGAUAUCGCUUGCUCGUCGCAAUGCUGCCAAGCAAGGCCUUCAGCCGCCGCAGGUCUCCUUCGUUCAGGCAUCACUUACUGAAGCACUGCCAAUCAUCUCCGACUCCAUCGAUUGCAUUCUAUCCAAUUGCGUCAUCAACUUAUUACCAAACUCUGGUAAGGUCGCGUUGAUGAAGGAGGCAGCACGAGUCUUGAAGCCCGGUGGCAGAAUCGUGUUUCACGACAUUAUUGCCAAACGCCCUCUACCCCAGGACAUCGUGAAUGAUCUGUCAGCGCACGUAGGUUGUAUCGCAGGCGCAAUUACCCUGGGUGAAUACGCAGAAAUGCUCAACGAAGCCGGUCUGCAAAAUGCACUGUUCGUGGAUAGCAAGGCCGAUAUCAACAUCUACACCCAGAUGGAGAGCGAUACGGCUGGUUGCACGACGGCUGGUUGUUGUGCUAAACCCGUCUCUGCCUCCGGAAGACCCAAGUUUGACGCGAAUGCAUGGGUCGCCUCGUACCAGAUAUAUGCCCUAAAACCUAGAGGGCAAGCGGAGCCCACCGCAAAGGAUAGUCCGACGACUGCCCUGCAACGGUGGUGGGAUGCAUUUCCUCCUCCGCGGUCAGAUGUUCCUGAGAUAUCGGCUGAGGAGUUGGCGAGUUUGAUGCGGCAGGGUGAAAAGAGGGAGUUCUCUGUCAUCGAUGUCCGCCGAGAUGAUUACCAGGGCGGUCACAUACGGGGAAGUCAUCAGUGGCCUGCCCAAACAUUUUGGAAUGAGCUGCCCAAAUUCGUCGACACGUUUGGACGCACUCCGAGGGUGAUAUUUUACUGUGGUAGCUCAAACGGCCGAGGACCCCGUUGCGCGAAAUGGUACCAAGACCGUCUGAAUGAAGCAGGCAUACAGACCUCCAGUGCUUGGCUACUGAAGGGUGGUCUGAAAGCGUGGAUGGAAUUGUAUGGGGACUCGAAAGAACUGACGGCCGCCAAGAGCGAUGUUUAA